CCCGCUCAAUUCACAGCACUGAGUGUCACAUUCCUAUUCCACCACCAGCAAAACAACAAAAGAUUCCAAGGCCUGAGGGCAGAAAUUAUAAUAAAAAGAAAAAAGGAAUUCCCUGCAAUCAUCAAAGUUAAGCCAGAGCACUAAAUCUUCUUUUCUCUACUCGCUCGACAGCAAACUUCGCAGCAGAAUGUCAGUGAGUGAUUUUAUCAAAGGCCUGCCCACCCACGACUCAAAAAACUUCACUCACCUGAGCAACGAGCACGGUAUCCGAACAUCGCAGAAGCGGGCUUCCGUCUACCUGCCCACCGAGGAGGUGGCCUCUGAGCAGUUGAUCGUAAUGGAUAAGCGCUGCGUGCUGCUGCGCUAUCUCACACAGCAGUGGGACAAGAAGACGUUGCAGCGGAAGCGAGAGCACGGUGGUGAUGGCACCAAUGGCAACAAUAGCUCGACACCAAUCGGCAAUGGCAACAGCAAAAAGCGCCCGCGGCUGGACCCCAAUGAGCUGAACUGAGACAAUUGAAGGACGUCCCCCCACAGUACACACGCCCCACACACUUUUAGCACGAGCUAAUCCCUCCUCAUAUAUGCAUACAUAUGUUUAAAUAAAAUUAUUAAUAAGUAUAUAGGACUCGUCGUCUAACUUUCACUUUGCUCGGAUCGCAAUCUAAAUCGUUCAGAGUUCGAGUUACAGAAUUAAACUUAGAUUUUUGUAUGGUAACUACAUAUGUACACAUGCAAACAUGUUACAUGUACAUAUAUAAUAAAUAUCUCGCAUUUCUCAUGAA